AUGCUGCCUUCUAACUCUCUCCUGACCAUCUCUCAGGAUCUCCGUGAUCCUCCGAACAUAAUUUCUUCAUCUGCCGAGUUGCCAUCCCACACACCGGGCGUCACUCCGCUUGCGGAUCACCCUCUGCAAGGGCAUGCGGAGACUGAGUCGCGGAUACCGGAAGAAUUCGAGGUGCUCUCCGCUGGGAGCUCCGCCGCUCGCGGGUACACGCCGGAUUAUCCCUCGCGCACGCCGAAAAGUGAGAACCCAAAAAAGGCGCCGCUUGGCGCGGAGCUGCUUCUCAUUGCCGCCCUGAGUGCCUAUGGGACUCUUGUCCGGCAAGGCUUCCUUUUCUUCACCAAGCGGACCCCUGGAUGGGGGUUUGCGUCUCUGCCUCUCUUUGACGCGCUGUGGCCGAAUUUCGUGGGUAGCGUCCUCUCUGCCAUCUUCCUUCCUCUCCCAAAGAUUUUGGAGCACACCCACGAGGGUCGUCGGCGGAGGAACCGAGUGCACUUCAGGGCUCGAUCGAGGGGCGGUGGCGGCGGCAGAGGGAAGCAAAAGACGAGGCGGGGACGCGGCGAUGAGAUCACAGCCCCCCGCGCGAAAGGGACCAGCGGCUUCACCGCGAGCGCUCUGGAUGCCUCACGCUCCAUCCUAAUCAUUCCUCGCGGGGGCGGCCGCUCGCGUUCUGGCGCCCUUUCGUCGCACGUGUCGGCUUCAGACUGUUUACAGGAGCGCCGCGGGCCUUCCGCGAAAACCGACGACGGAGUGCUGUUCCCCCUGUUGCUGGCGAUUCCCGCGGGGCUCUCGAAGGGCUUUUGCGCAAGUUUGACGACCUUCAGCUCUUGGAUUCUCGUCCUCCUCCAGGCGGUUUGCGAGGACCCCGAUGCGGCGGCGCAGAAGGCGCUGCCGGAAUUGCCCUACAGUCGCGCGAAUCGGCUCAUCUGGGUGUUCCUCUUUGGCCUCUCGACGCCCGUCUUCGCGUUCCAUCUAGGAUCUGACGCGGGGCUGCUGCUGCAGCGUCUCGUGCUUCGGCAGCGCCCGCGGCUGUGGACCUUCGCGGACGUCCUGCGAGAGAGCAGAGAACUUGAGGAGGAAGACGGGAGCCGCCGGCGGGAGCGCCACCGGGGGCACGAGAGCGGGCAGAGGGACGGGCUCAGAGAGGAGCUGGCGGCGAGCCACGAAGGCCGGUCCGGGAUGCAAAACACGCAUCUCCAAGGCACGAGCGCGGAGCUGCAGAGUUGCCAUGGUCCUGAGAAACAAAACAGUCACGAGGCGUGGAUCAGCGUCUGCGAAAGAAAAACUACUCCGUUUGGGGGGACCGGGCCUUUUUUGACACGAACCCUUUGGCAAGAGGCCGCCGAAGGGGCGCGGGGCAAAGCGCGGUUUGUGCAUCCGGCGCCUUCUGCAGCAGCGUCGUCUAUGGGAGAGGAAGGCCGUGGGCGAGACGCGCCGGCACUCCAGCCGAGCGUGCCCUUCUACCCGACGCCUCUGGCUGCCCGCGGCUCCGCGGAUGCCUCCGUGUCUGUGCAUAUCCUGGGAGAGAAUGAACAGGGACGCGCCGCCCCAAGCAAAGGUCAGCGAGGACGGGAAGGCGAGAGACAUCAUGCGGGUCGACGGGGGGGGAGUAGUGACCAGACCGAACGCGACAGGAACCGCAAACGAACGCUAUCUGACGGGGCUCGGAAUGCCUUUGAGAGAUUUGCAGGGUCGACUUCGGGAGAGCGAAGAGCUACCCUCAUCAUCGGCAUAUUUGCAUGCCUGACCUACGCGCUUUUCAGCCUUAUGGCUACAUUCGACCAAGACUCAACAAGGCAAAAGUGGCUCUGGUAUCCUCCGCUGCUGUCCUUCCUGGGUUCGUGGCUGCGAUACAUAAUGUCUCUGCAGUUGGACGUCUACACGCCGUAUUUUCCCAUGGGCACUUUCCUCAGCAACGUCAUUGCCUCCGUGCUGGUGGCGGGCGUUGAGGAGAUUGUGCGCCGGGACUAUCCGGAAUGCCGCGGGCCUUCGUCUGCGAGACAGCCAACAAAAUGUGCGAUGACGUCCUAUUGCUUGAUCGAAGCAGUCGCCUACGGAGUCUGCAGCAGUCUCAGCACCAUGUCUACCUUUAUUGCGGAGUUGUCCAUCCUCCCGAAGAGGUACGCCUAUCGCUACGGGCUCCUCACUGUCAUCUGCGCGUUCUUCUUUUCUCUGGCUGUCUAUCUUCCUCUACGCUAG